AUGGCCAUUUUCUUUCCCAUUUUCACGUUCUUCUUCUUCCUAACGCAUGCCCAAAACGCUCCUCAAGACUACAUUUCCCUACACAACAAAGCUCGGGCGGCAGUCGGUGUCGGUCCCAUGACAUGGAACAACACUGUCGCUGCCUACGCUCAAUCCUACGCCAACAAAAGGAAAAAUGAUUGUGCCUUGAUUCACUCUACUGGACCAUACGGUGAAAACAUAGCCGUAGGUUACUACCCCGAGUUCACCGGUGCGGAUGGCGUAAAGAUGUGGGUGGGAGAAAAGCAUUUAUACGACUAUGCAUCGAACUCAUGCAAGGGUGGCGACUGUGGACACUAUACUCAGGUGGUGUGGCGAACCUCCGUGCAUCUUGGAUGUGCAAGAGUGGCUUGUAAAGGGAAGUCUCAGUUCGUUGUAUGCAACUAUGAUCCUCCGGGCAACUAUAUAGGAUUAAGACCCUAUAAUUCUUCAAUGUAA